CAGAGUCACGAGUCCCAGGACGGCUCUCAGCACAUCCGGACAACGCCCCCAGGCCUCCUGGUUUCCAUUUUCAGAGUGUUUUCAGCCCCCAGGCAACUCCCUGGGGUGUCAUUAGUCCUCCCCUCGGCACAGGGAGUGUUGCUAAGCAGGGACAGAGAGGCGAAUUGUCAGGGUGACCAGAGCGCAGUGUCGGAGGGAGAACCAGGCCCUCCCAGACUCUGCUGUCCGGUGUCGACGUUGGGGUCGCCCCGCCAGGGCGGCCACAGGAACCUGAGGGAGGGCCUGUGGCCUCAAGCCGGUGCACAGAGAUUGCUCGCCACGGCCUUGCUCCGGCCCCUCCGGGGCUUGGUGGCCGGGAACAGGGCUCCGGGGAGCCAGCGUGGGGGGCUGCUCUGCCGCGUGCUGCUGGCCGGGGCCCAGAAGCGCUGUCUUCCGGCCGCUCCCUGCUGGCGCCAACUCCCAGGGGCCUCAUUAGGCUGCUGGAGUCUCGGUCCGUGGGCCCAGCUGACGUGCGGAGGGAGGAAGUGCCACUCUCUCUGUCCAGCGCCUGAGCAAGCGGCACUUCACGGGACGGCUCUCUCGCACUCGCAGGCUCAGCAAGCAGCUCCUGCCAUGGACAGGUGGUACCUGAGUGGCAGCCCCAAGGGGGACGUGGACCCCUUCUACUAUGACUAUGAGACUGUCCGCAACGGGGGCCUGAUCUUCGCCGGCCUGGCCUUCGUCGUGGGGCUCCUCAUCAUCCUCAGCAAAAGAUUCCGCUGUGGGGGCAACAAGCAGCGCAGGCAAGUCAGUGAAGACAACCUGUAAUGGCAGAGUGAGCUGUGCCCACCCACGGCGCUGGGGCUGGCUGGGAAGCCAAGGAGGCCCAUCUUUGGUGUCUUCCUGUCUUCCCUGGGCUCUGGACCUUUGUCCCCAUCACUGCCAGCGCUCAGGCUGAAGGAAGUGCCAGGCUCAAUGUGACCCCGGGUGGGCCUUGCCGCCUCCUGCCCUGUGCCACCUCCUGCCCUGUGCCACCUCGUGCUCAUAAUAAAACCGGCUUCAGAGAUGG